UAGCAGAUUUUUUAUAAAUCUGACAAAGUGACAGAUUUUUGAUGUGCAUUUAGCAGAAUUUGGCUCUUACCUUACGGUCACCCUGCGGCCGAGAGCCAGACUCUUGCACGAACUUAUUGAAGUACUGUGAAGUGUGAUCGUGGUGAACGAAAUUCUGAUCUAUGAGCAAGGAACAGUUGGGUUUGACAUUGGCAUAUGUGCGGCCAGUGCAGCAGGGUGCAAAACAGCAGAGAAGUGAGAACCACUGAUUUAGAAGUUGUUUUUAGAAAAAUGACAAAGGAAGUAAAGAACGAAAAGGUCAGUGGAAAAGAAGACGGAAGUGAAACUGAAAGGAAGAAAGUGAAGGAAACGCCAAGCACCAAGGUCGUUAUUCGAUGCCUUCCUCCUACCCUGACUGAAGCUGAUUUCCUGGAGCAGAUUUCCCCACUCCCAGACAAUAACUACCUGAGUUUUGUUCAAGCUGACAGAAGUUUAGAAAUCAGUGCUUUCUGCCGAGCCUACAUCAACGUUAUCAAUCAGGAGGACAUUUUGCCUUUCAGAGACCAGUGGGAUGGGUACCCAUUUACUGAUACGAAAGGUACUGAAUAUCCUGCAGUGGUGGAGUUUGCUCCCUACCAGAAAAUUCCUAAGAAACAAUGCCGGAAGGUAGACCCUCGCUGUGGUACCAUAGAGAAUGAUGAUGAUUUCCAGGCCUUUACAGAGUCCUUGCAAGCCGAGGUGGAGCGUUUGCCAAGUGCAGAGACCUACCUAGAGGAACUGGAGGCUAAACUUCAUGAAAAAGAAGCUCAAGAAAUGACUCCACUUUUGGCCUUCCUCAAGAACAAGAAGAUGGAGAGGAUUGUGAGUAUGAAAAAGGACAAUUCCACGAAAAUCCGCCAGGAGGCCAGAGAAGAGCGACGCAGGAAAGAGCGCGAGCAGAAAAAGCGUGAUGAAGAGCGCAGGCAGAAGCGAGAAGAAGAGCGGAGGCGACAGCGAGAGAAGCAACGGCAAAGGGAACGGGAGGCCAAGGAGAAGGAGAAAGGAAAAGUCAAGAAAGAGUUUGACAAAGAGGAGCCUCAAAAGAUAAAGCUACUCAUGAAAUCUGAAGGAGAAAAAGGACACCAGAAAGGAGAUGCAUCAGCCCCCUUAGACGAGAAGAACAAAGUGAAGGAGAAAACAGGGAAAAGGGACCAGGCAAGACAAGAUGACAGGAAGGAAAAAGACUCCAAGUCCAAACCUAUACCAGAGAGGUACCAGGUGUCACCAGGUACGCGAAACAUAGACAAUAUGGAUAAGGCCUCCCAACAGAAAGACGAAAAACAAGAACGGAAGGAAUGGGAGAGGGAGCAACAGAGAGUAAAGGAGGAGAGGACCAAGGACAGAGACAGCCAACAGGGAGACAGGGGAGGGGAGAGACCACUGGACAGAGAUCGUGACAAAGCCCAUUAUGGAGACAGAGGUGGAGAGAGGGACAUUGGGCAAACCAGGGUGGAAGAAACAGCAGCAGAGAAGGGCUUGCAUGAAGCUACAGACUCAUUAUCUAAGAGACAACUUCAGAGGGACAAAAAACAAAGAGAUUCUCAUGGCAACCGGCAGACAAGACAGGGAAGAUGGGAAAGCCAGAGAACCAAAAAAGACCAGCCACCAAGCUUGAAUGAAAAGAGACUGGACAGAAACAACCACCAGUCUAAAUCAGCUAGCCAAAGUAGGGAGGGAUCAUCGGGAGGGAAAGAGGAGAGGAAAACUGCCAUAUCGUUUGACAAAAGACCAACAUCAGAGAAGGAGAGUUCAGGCCUAGGAACACACUUUAGAGAGGGGUCGGCAGAGAAGUCUGGGACGACAGCAAGAGGGAAAGACGGGUCUGCACGUCUUCGCAAUAAGGACCGGCCAACAAUGGCCCUGUACCAGCCGGGACAGAGACCAUCAGUUUUUAAAUGCCAAGAUGUCAAGGAACCAAGGGACAAGACCAAAGGUCACAGGUCUAGCUCACGGGAUGCAGAAGCCCAGCCAGCAUAUCAGUCAGACAGGACAAAGACUGGCAGUGACAAAAGAGAUGCCGGAAGGGAUAGCAAAUAUUCGAAUGGAGGCAGAGAGGGAGCCUCUACCAAAGGCAGAGGGGAGGUAAAGGCAGGGGGAAGGAGGACCAAUUGAAAGAGGAGAGAAACCAGAGAGAUGGACAGGGUGCAAGGGGAUGGGAUCAGAGACCAUCGAAACGAGAGGGAGGCAUGGAGUACAGACCCCGAGACAGAGAGGUUGAUCAGACUAGCAACUCUAGCAAACCAGGGAGCAGCGAAUCAUCCAAAGGUUGUAGCAGUAACACUGACAAAUGUUGGAACAAAGGGAAAAGUGACUUGGCCAAAGAUAGAGGCAAUGAGAAACCCACAGAAAAAAAAAAUGACAGACCAAGCGGCAAACAUAGUCCCAGGCAAGUCUAAAAUGGUGAAAAGAAGCAUGUAUAGAUUAACAGGCGUAAUGAGAAAGCAUAAAAAUAUUAAGUAAAGUUAAAAACAAAAAGUUAAAGUUAAAAACAAAACUGCAAAGAAUAUUUCGUUUGCAGUUUUCUCUUAAAAUCUCUUCUUCUUUUUUUCAGAAUCAAUUUACAUUUGAACAAUCUCAGCCCUUAAUAUGAUUGUAAAAUUCAUAUUUAAUGUUCUCAGAAAUUUUCAUGAGUUUAGGUCGUCUGUAACUUAUGAAAAUUAUGUGAAUAUUGUUUUCAGCUGAUCAACGGGUGCGGAAUGGCGCCAUCUGUCAUCUGUACGAUUUCAGAAUCUGUUGGUCCCGUACACAUGCAGGAAAGAAAGAAGUGGUGCACAAGUGCGUUCAUGAUGUGGCGUGACGUUCAGGAACACGCGAGCGCAUUACACGCAGGGCGUGCAGUUAUCGAAAUACGCGUGCAGUACACACUUAAUAGCCGGUCAGCGUCACUUAUGCAUUCCUCCAUUGAGUCGAGGCUGUCCUUUUUGGCCAUUGAAGAGUACUUGUGUACGGAGCCCAUAGGAUGACAUCACGGGUGCAGUUUAAUUUUCCAUACAGCCUGGUUCCCGUUCCUGUUAGGUUUGUAACAAAAUGUUAGGUUUGUAAAAUUUCAUUUGGAAAUGCAUUCAAAUCGUAAAAACAUGUUAGGUUUGUAAAAAAAUACAUUUAGUUUUUAACUCUAAUUUAGCAUGUGUUUUUAUUCCUCCGUGGAUGCAGUGCCCUUGGGUGGGAUUACUGAGGUCAUAGGUCAUGUAUGCGGGUCAUUCGAUGGAUUUUAAUCCUUGUUUGGGGAAUCAACACAACUCUUCCGAAAUCGGAGGUCAAAGGUCAUCUAGGGAUCACUUGAGAUCGUUUUAAAAAAAGCACAUAAUUGUUACUUAUUUAGAACACAAAACAUGAUAGGGAUCAACCGCGGAAAAAGACGACACUUACGAUCCUCGGAUCACUUGUAUUCUUUAUUUUAAUUUCAGCUGUUUUUUUCAAGUGGUGUAAUAAAAUUAAAAGUCAUCGAAGCUCA